AUGUCGGUCCAGCCAGGAAACUACAGAGUUCAGAACGUCGCCUUCGGGACCUAUAUGGAUAUGUUUGCAGGGUCGAGUGCUUGGGGCACCAGGAUCACGGGCUGGGCGGGCGGCAACAAUUUGCAUCAGCUCUGGCAAUUUGAGCCGGUUGGCGACAACACAUGGAAGAUCUUAAACGCUGCGAGCGGCACAUACGUCCUUGCUCCGAACCACAUCAUCAAUGAGGGUGUCGUCGGCGGCACGCCUCCGGACGUGUUCACGUUCAUCGACUCCGACGGGUCGUACCAGAUCAAACUCGCCGACGAGUCUCUUGUGCUGUACCUCGCCAGUGGUGAAAGCGACACCCAGAUCACUCUUCAGGCCGCUGACGGCGGUGACAAUAACCAGUUCUGUAAGCUCUGCUAUGAUAUAACUACUGCUAGCCCUCACAAUGUCGCCUUUGCCAUUGUGCGAAACAUUGCUACCUCCACGCACCUCACGGCCUUCGUCACCGAGUCGAAGAAGAAUAAUGUGCAUGUCCUGCAGGCGGACCUUGCCGACCACGUAACAUUGAAGGACGCCGCGGCACGAGCGGCCGAAAGUACCGGUGGUUCCUUGAAUGUUCUCAUUCAUAGUGCAGCACGAAUUGAAGUGCCGACGAUGUUUAAGAGGGUGACCGACUAUGAGGACGACAAGAAACUCGAGGAAGACUUUCUGCAAUAUUACAAGGUGAACACCGUGGGUGUCGUGCAUUCCAUCAACGCAUUCCUUCCCUUGCUCCGGAAAGGCACUACCCGAAAAAUUGUCAUCCUCAGCAGUCACGUCGGCGAGCGUAAUAUCACAUGGGAUCUGCGGAUCGAUGUCCAAGCAGCAUUCGGUGCGUCCAAAGCUGCGACGCACAUGGUCUUGACGAAGUACGCGGUUCUCCUGGAGAGCGAAGGAUUCACCGCGGUUGGCCUACUUCCUGGCAUAGUCGAUGUAUCCGCCACCGCCGUCGAUGCCCGUAAGUCAUAUUUGUUGCCUUAUUGGCUCUGA